AUGUCGGGGAGCGUGGAGAGCACGGGAGUCGGCGGUCAGCUCCAGGUGUCUGUGGUCCAGGGUCGCCACGUCAGACAGCCAGGCGAGGACGGCGACGCGACACGUGGCACCGUCGUGUCCGUCCAGCUCGGAUGUCAUCAGAUCCGAACGCGGUCCAAGGCGGGUCCAUCGCCCAAGUGGCUGCAGGACUUCAAGCUCCCCGUGGAGGCCGCGCUGCUCUUCUGCCCAUCUCUUCCCACCGAGUCUCACCCAACCCCAUCAAGUCUCAACCUUCCCUGUAUUUCACAUCACCCUCCUUUGCAGAUGGAGCUCCUCUCCGCUGAUCAAUCCACCCCCGCCCAAUCGCAAUUCUCCACGUCAGCGUCAGCGGCCUCGUCAGGCCCGGCGGCAGGUCCGUGCCUCGGCCGAGCCAGCGUGCCGCUGGCAGGGCUGGUGGGGGGUGCGACAGUGGUGCGGUGGUAUCAGAUGACGGACGAGGAGGGGUGCCUGGUGGGGGAGAUCUGCAUCGUCUCGCGCUUCCUCCGACUUUCUUCCUCCGGCUCUUCGUGCUCUUCUGGGGUGUGGAGCGCGGGGCAGGUGUUGCUAGGAGUAGCAGGGGCGUUGUUUGGUGUGGCUCUACUGUCCAUGGUGGCGAGGAGAAGACAGAGGAGGCUAGCACUGCUGCAUGAGGUCCAAAAAGGGGAGACUAUGUGCUCGAUUGCGACUCGCUAUUGUGUGAACCCUGAAAGGAUUAUAGACGCGAACGUUGCCGAGGGAAUUGAUGAUCCGGAUGUUAUAUUCCCAGGCGAUGUGAUACUCAUUCCUCCGACUUAG